GUAUGCAUACCUAUAGGUAUGUGUAUUUUCUGGUAUAUGGAUUAUUCCAUUUCUUUCAAGAAAUCUGUCACGUGCACAUCUACAAAGCUACAUUUUGUUGAGGCUUUUUUUUUCUAAUAGGCCUGAUCUGGUUCUGGUGCUUUAAUUUGCAGUCCUCCAGAGAAGAGUUAUAAUGUGAUUGUUGGAACUGUUUGUGGUGACAUUUCUGAACACAGAGUGCUUUAGAUUAAUAUCAAAUGCUGUAUGGGUCAUACCGGACAGGCUGCUCGACUUGAUUUAGUUCAGCUGCGGAUUUAAUGAGGUCUGGACAGUAGGCCUACACUCUGGGCAAUUGAUUUUUUUAUUGACUGAAAAUAUCUAAGGGUGAAUACAAUGUAGCUUCAAGGAAUUAUAUUGAGUCCAAGGUUCCUUAUGCGUUUCUAGUCUUAACUGAAUUUAAAGGGGUACUCAGUUGGUGUUUACAGGUGUCUCAGUAAAAUAGAAAUAACGUUUAACAAAAUGCCGAAUCGAUGAUCGAAGCAACCUGCCAUCAAUCUCAAACCCAGCGAUUACCUGUUUUACCCACAAGAGAUAUCUUUGUCACACAUAGCAGUUGGUGACAAUCUGUUCAUUAAGACCUGCCCUAGACACAUUUGCAGGGAUGGCACAGUCGCCCUUUCACAAUAUCAAUUAUUAAUCAACUUUAGGGAUGAUAUUCAUCGAGUAGAGGAAGACCAGGUGCAACCACUUUGCCGGCACAGAGCAGUUUGUGGUUGAGGAACGUCGCUCCCAUGUAUCCGUAUUGAUUAUCUGGAUGUAUCAGCUGCAUAUGAGGCCUUUCACAACCUACGCGGGCCUAAAAACACAAUGGUCGAUCAUUCAUCAUUGGUUUUGUGGAACUCGGGUGCCAAGCCGUGCAUUCAGGAGAGGCAAGGAGAAAGAAGUCGGAAUGGGAGUGACAGGACUGAGUCGAAAGUGGCUACGUGUGUUCUGUCAUCAGAACCGGACUCUGACACAGCAGAUAGCGAGGAUUCCAAUUUGGACAAUCAGACAUACGUUUCUACUACAACAGAUGGUUUCCAUGGAGAUGAAGAGAGUUUAGCCACAUUCACAAAUGAUUGUUCUGCUCAGAAGCGACAGGAUAUUGCAGAAGUCUCGCAUAAAGUGGCAGACAUGCCUAAUCUGUUUCGAAACAGAAUAUUCAGCAGUACUACGUGUGAUUCAAGUGACUUGUCCCCAAGGAAGAUAUUCAGCAGUACCAGUGAUUCUAGCGACAUUUUAGCAAAUGGCUCGCUCUCUGACGACAAUGAUGAAGCAGGGCAUGCGCAAAUCAGUAACGUGCAGGAUGAAAUUUUUGAGCCAGUUGUGACCAAUUCGUCACCAAAACUAUCAGGAUCAAAAUCGGUGCCUGCAAAAUCGCAAUCAGACAUUGUUAACGAAAGCAAAUCACCCAAAUCAAUGAAAACAUUGAAACGAAACUCUCUCAUAUUUUAUGGGCACGAUUUGGACUGUUCAGCAGAUUUGCGUAAAACUUCACAAAUUCCCCGUGCGAGUAUAUUGCGACAGAAUUCUAGGUCAGAAUAUGAUCCUUCUCACAACCGAGGCAAGGUUGCUGAAAGUUCAAAUGGUUCCCAAAAAAAUGUAUCAACUUCGGUUACUGACAGUAAUGUGAAUGGAAGAAAUGACUUUCAGGAUAAUGCAAAGUAUGAUACUGAUAUUUUCCGUGGAAAAAUUCAGGACAUUUUAGAUGCUAAGGCUGUCCAAGACACCUACCCCGUUGAGAAUGGUGUUAAAGGUGAUGUGAGUGGGAGGUCUCCAAGCAGAGGAAGACGAAAACCGUUGGAGCAAAUUUUGGAUCAGAUCAGUCCUAAUCACAACCACAAAGCACAAACAAUGUCUUGUGAUAUGAACAUGGGUACUGGUCCGUCCAAAAUGCACACCUCAAGGAGAACAGGUUUAUUCAAUGGAGAGGUUUUCCUCUCAACACAUCAUCGGAAUUCUAGUGGGAAAAAAGCAAGCGAAGAGGUGCAGUGUUCUAUAGGGAUGCCCCGGAGGACCGAUAAACCUCAGCGGGAUGGUAUCAGUUUGAUACCAAAGUUAGAUUUGAAUAUGAAAACUAUGCCUUGUGCUCUGUCGUCUCAGUCGUUCAAAGGAAACAUGUUUCCAGCUGAGUUUAGUCGGAAGGAAUCUAGGGUACCACGUCUGAAUGGUUCACAUUCAAUGCGUCUGAAUUCGCAGACCAUCUUCCCCAAUUCUCGCUGUGACAAGAAGGAAUUGCGUGGUCGGAGUUCAUCAGUUGUUGUGACGACAUUAUGUAACACUAGGGCUGACAAUGAUAGUAUGAAUGACAGGGAAAAGGAAUGGGAGAAAGGAAGAUCUUCAAGGCCAAAGCUUCAGGGCCGCUAUAGGAGUCAUAGCUUGGACAAUGUUCUUGAUGAUUCAUGUGAUUUACAAAACAGUCGCUACGCACCUGUAAGCUACUUUUGUGAACCCUCCAGUGUGCCGAAGGUGGGGAAAAGCAGACUUGAUAGUGGGCGGGAAGGGAGGAAAGUAGAUGCGUGGAACUCUGUUGAUGGUCGUGAUAUUCUGUCAGAUGAUGAAUAUGAUGUGAGACGUAUAAAUGCUGAUGAAUAUACUAAGCCAAGUCAUGAAAGGAGGAAGAAACUGACUGGUUAUGACGUUGUGUCUGGCAAGACAUUUUCUCAUGCAAAGGCUGAAGGGGAACCUGGAGUAAUGGAUCUGGGAAGAGAUGUUCAAGGAAAACGAAAGUUGCUGAAAGAUCCUAAGAAUUUCAUGACAGAACAUCAUUUGCGGGCAUUUUCACAGGCAGUCACAAGGUCUGACGUGGCUGAGGAUGUAGAGGUGGAUAGCCUAAAUACUGGAGGUAGUGAACCAGUGAAGGACAAUUGGAUACUAAAAUCCAAGGAUUUUGAGGAUGCUUCUGAUGAGGAACUAGAAGUGAUUGAGUUGAGGUCAGUUCCUUCAGAUAGGAAGAGAAGCCUUGCUCGCACAAAAUCUGAGGCGGGUCACUUUGUCACUGAUAAAAUCUCGAAGUCUGGUAUGCGAAAAGAGAGCCAGAUUUCACGGUCAGAGAGGCUGAAUUUGAAUAGGUCUAGGACUUUCUGCAUGUCGAAUAAUGACAUGAUUGAAGACCUCCGUCAGAGCAAAAUUGAGUUGUCUGGUGUCAGCAAAUUGGCAGAAUUGUUCUGGCCUAAAAAGGGUGGUGAGAAGAAUGAUUCAGUGGACUUUUGCCAGAACAAGACACACGACAUUUGUCGUUAUUUGCAAAAGUAUCGAUCGGACUCUGCAGUAAAAGCUGAUAAGUCUGUAAACAGAGACGUUCGUAAAUCUAGGAAAACGGAUAGUAAAACUAAUACCGUUAAUAAGACAGAUGGUUUGGAAGGAAAAUCCCCGGUCAAUGAAUAUGAACUUCAAGUUGUCAAUCGUAGGGGAAGUUACCCAUUGUCUGAGUUACCAGUAGAUUUGCAUCGGCAGCGGAAAAAGCAUCGUCGUCAAUAUACCCAGAAGAACCGCCCAGCCUCUGAAAUAAAGGAUAGUGUUUUUGGUGAUCUGACGGAGUCGCAAACUGAUUUAGUUCUGGAGAAGUUAAGUAGGAAGUCUGCAUUCUUAAAGUUAAAGGAUAUCGAUGGCUCAGAUCUCGCACGGGAUCGCUGGAGAAAUGUCAAUGAGAGGCUGACUCCUCAACCAAGGCGGAAACAACACAAUAUUAAUGUAACUGUGUCGCGAGAUUUGCAGAAACGGUGUGAAUCUUUGGAGAUGGUUGUAGAUGGCACUGCCGUAUCACCAGAACUACGGGCCAGGAGGGAUCGCGUACUGGAAGCAGAAAAUGAUGACUUAAUUCCAGAUCAUACUCCGAAUAUGAGGAGAAAGGAUUACCAUGGGAGUUUUGAUAAUAUUCUGGAUUCAGACUUGCCGAAACAUUCGUUUCAUAGGCAGCAAGAUUCGUGUCGUUCUAUCCGUCGUAACCAUGCUAUGCGGCGGUCAAGAUGGCCGUCUGACCAACAGACUUCCAAUCAGGAGUGCAAUGAUGGCAGUCAUGGGUUAGUUUACAAGACAUUAGAUAGGAGAGCAUCUUACGAUUGCUUGUUGGAUCCAAAACCCAAAUCAUUGCACAAAACAUUCAGCGUACCUAACAUGUCAUUGAAACCGAAACUAGUCCUGAGCACAAAGUCAGUGUCACCGGCGCACAAGAGUUACGAGUCUGCCAGUGGAAGUAAUACCUCGUCCCCAGACCCUACACCAAAGCGGUCUGUUUUGAGGUUCUUCCAAUCAUUCUCAAGAGCUGACAAAGAAACGCCUGGGAAAAGGCCCCUGAAGCGGGCACAGACCUUUACUCAUACCCACGACCGAGUGUACAGGGCUAGAUCGCACUCUGAUCAGUCUUUCACGGCCUCCGCGGAAACUUGGACUCCCACAAUAGAUGAGUUGGAGAGGAACCCAGUCGUUGGUCGUAAAGUCUCAUUCCUGCGUAAAUUUGCCUCAGAGCAGAUGGACGACAUAAGCAAAUCUGUUGAGGAUGUGCAGAAUCAGAUUCGGUCUGCUGUUAGGCGGAUUCAGUCCAGCUUUGAGGAGGAGGGGUUAAUCGAACUGGACACACGGCAGCCGUCAACGACAGAUACGACUGGAAUGAGGAAUGAGGAAUGUUUUGUUCAGGGCAGUGAGAAUCAGUCUGAGGAGCUUGUGACACGAUUACUUGAAGAUGCCAUGGAGAGUGACGUACACACAAAAGCUGAUGGUUUGGAAGACUCCAGUCGUAGUAACUUCGAGUACGACAAGUAUGGCUUUUGUAAGACAGCAUUGUUGGACGAGGAGGAAAACCAUCUAGUUGCCAGGGCAAGGAGACUCCAGAAGGAUUCUGAGGAUAUCACAAGCACAAUACAGGGCAGUGAUUACCUGACAUCCCUGAGAGUGAAGUGGGAGAACUACUUCGUCAACCUAGGGACACGAGAGCUGCAGCCGUGCGUUGACUUGAAGAUUCUGAUACGACAGGGAAUACCUUAUGACAUGAAGGAGAAGGUGUGGAAGGCCGUGAUAAACUUCAGAGUCGGUAAGAUGCGGGAGAUUGUUGGCCCAUCUUACUACUGUGAUCUCCUGUCGACGAAAGGAGGAAUCAAGAGGUACAAUCCUGCUGCCAAACAGAUUGAGCUUGACUUGUUGAGGACCUUGCCCAAUAACAAACAUUACGAGAGUCUCCAAGGAGAAGGUAUACCCAGGUUACGGAGAAUCCUACAGGCCUACAGUUGUCACAAUCCUGUGGUUGGAUACUGCCAGGGCUUGAAUCGCUUGGUGGCUAUCGCACUUCUCUUCCUGAACGAGGAGGAUGCCUUCUGGUGCUUGGUGUGUAUCGUUGACUUCAUCAUGCCACAAGACUACUACAGCAAGACACUCAUUGCUUCACAAGCUGAUCAGAGGGUGCUGAAGGACCUUAUAAGUGAGAAGCUGCCUCGUUUUUACGCCCAUCUCGAUAGCUAUGAAGUCGACAUGUCACUAUUUACAUUCAACUGGUUCCUGACAGUGUUUGUGGACAACAUUCCUGUGGAGACGUUCCUUAGAAUUUGGGAUGAUUUUCUUUACGAGGGUACUAAGGUGCUAUUCCGUUUUGCCAUUGCGUUUUUCAAGUAUGCUGAAGAGGACAUCUUGGCGUUGAAGGACCACAUGGCGAUACAUAAAUACCUCAGGGUAUUAGGGGAGACGAUGCUGGAUUGCAGGAGAUUAUCACAGAUUGCUUUCCAUGACUUAAAUCCAUUCCCUAUGAAGAGUAUCAACACGAAGCGGUCAUAUUAUCUGCUUCAGGUCAAGAAACCAAGAAAAUAGAUGGAUACAAUUGCAUGAGCUUGAGGAACUGGAUGCCAUCAGAGAAGACUUCAAAAAUCGGGAAAUUCCGUCAGAUCGCCGAGAAUUCUGGAGCGAUGAUGACCUUGACUGAUCAGCUUAUCAUGUUAUUCUACACUCAUCUUGCAGUGUUAAGGUUCCCGAGUUUCUACACCCAAAAACACAGUUCUGAAUAGCUUACAAUAUAACGGAUUGGGACAGUUUUCAUAACUUUUAUAAAAAUCCAAAUCAUUGUGUACAAAGAGCAUAAUUUUGGGACUAUAGUUGUUACAAUGUCAGUUAUAUAGUGAGUUAAGAGUGUAAGCAAGUACUAUAGGUUAAUCAUACUUGUGUAGUGUAUCAACAUUUAAUAUGAUGGGCAUAAUUUUGAUAAUAUAUUUGGACAAAUUCUACUGGAGUUGAGACUGGCAUUGGAUGCAUUCAGUCAAGAAUUAUUAAAGAUUCUUUAUCAAGUCUUUAUUCUUCUGAUAUCGUACUUUUACUUAUGUUAUGUAUUCAAUUAUUCAUUGGAUUGAAUUGGUCAUGUUAUAAAGGAAUUCAAGAGCAGCAUGUGAUUAAGAUUGGCGAUAGGGGGUUAAACUUUGCGUGACCUAUUCCGUUGCUCAUUAAGGUUUGAAUGUUAUAAUUGGGCAUGUCAUGAUGGCAAUUAAGGGGAGACCUUUUGUCUGUUGUGUUAAGAUGGUGCCUUGACAGUGUGUCUUAUGUCAGAGUAUAAGAAGGGCAUGAGAUGGUGCCUGAUAUUGUCUUUGAAAAGGAGAAUAUAGAUGCCGGUCAAUCAAGACAGUGAUUUCGUGAUAAGAUUUUCUCCCAAUCUUUCAGUGCAUCCAAUCUUGUUAAGAAAAUUCUCGUCUUUUGAUCAAGCUCUUGCUAAUCAUUUUGGAAGGUUAAUAUAGAUGACAGAAUAAUAAGUGCCAAAGAUUUGUUCAUAGUAAAAAUGGCAAUCACGUCAGGAUCGUGAAGGUUAUAUAAAAUAUGAUGUAUAUACAUGUAUAUGUAGUUGUAGAAAAUGUGAUUAUAGAACUGUGAUGGCUUUCGUGAGCUGGUCUUCAUUUAAAAAAUAUUUAGUUGUGAACACUUUGGAGACACUGUUAGGCUUUGUGAGCUCCAUCCUGAGAAAAUCCGGGCUGGACUUAAUUAAUUUGCUCCUCAUCCUCGCUCAGGGUGAAGGGAGCAAACAAGCAAGGUUUCCUCCGGCUGUGUAGCCUAUGUACUCUUCUUACAAGGGGACUAUAGACAAGAGCAAGAUGAAUUAACUUAAUUUGCUCCUGACAAGUUACAGGUGGUCAAAUUGGUCUCAAUUGAUAAAUAUCCACAGUUGAAUAAGGGAUUGGGUCAUGUUUCAUUGAGGAAUGGAACCUGAGGUAGAGAGUCUGUGUUACAAAACCCUCAAGGGUGGAGCUAAAAUGUUGUCAAAAUCCCGUGCUGUAAGCGUUUAUCUGUCUGACCUACCUGGCUUCAGCCUAUAGUUUUCCUUGCCUAUAGUUCCAAUUCUUCCAGUAAUACCAAUGUGUUCUGUGUUCACAGAAUCAUGCAAUAGAGCAGAGCUCUGAUUCUUAUUAGAUAAUGGAUUUGAGAUUUUGAAUCAUGUACAUAAUAUUCAUGCUUAUUUUCUCUGUGAUAGAAUAAAUAAUCAUGCUCACUGUAGGCAAUGGGAUCCUUGUUGUAUGUAUGUAUCACAGGAAGACACAGUCCAUUGACCAGCUUCUUUGUCAUUUUGGGUGGUUAAUUCCAAUUCGCCAGGAUAACGUCCAUCCUCAAUUGGUUACCUUGGCCACUUACAUGCAGUAUGGGCACUUGCUACCCCUAAAUAACCUAUAACAAUGGACUGGUAUUUCCUGUAACAUCACAACUGUACCAUUGGCCUUGGUGUUGCUUAUUUUA